CGCAAAACGAGCCAAAUGAAAUAGUUGUUAAAAUUAUUACUCUGAAUUUUUUUUUUUGUUAAAAGGAGUACAUUAGAGCAUUUUUCGUAAAUCGAAAGUUUUAUGUAUUUCACAUUUAAACUGUAGGCGUUUGCGAAUUAAAUUUGCGUAAAUGAUAAAUUACUUCGUUUUGAUUUCAUUGUCACACGUAUCAGCUGUAAAGCAUGUAUUUCAAAAUUGUGCAAUUCAGAAGCUGCUCGUAGAGUCGUCUUACAGACAUUGGCGUUGGUGAAGGCGUCAUAUUUAACUCACGGCGUGAAUUCAAUUCUCGAGGCCAGAGGCUACUACGACAGCUGGCAACAAGGGCACGUUGAACGCACAGUCCGAAGAUUCAAGGCCAUAGACAGAGAUCACGCCUAGUCAUCGUAGUUUAUGUGAUCUUCGUUAUCUUUCGAGGAGGAAUUGCAGUGAAACACUAAGUACCUGGCCGUUGAGGAGAGAGGUCUCUCUCAAAGAACACGCAAGUGGUUGCAGUUAUUUGACAUUACAAUUAUGGCAAAACAUAUAUUGCGAGGACCAUCACAUAAAGUGGAGAUACCAAAUUGUUCGUUAGGGGAGUAUAUGUGGCGCAAUAUUAGUGCCCAUGGAACAAAAAUUGCUCAGGUGGAUGCUGUAAGUGGGAAACAAAGAACAUAUGAUGAUAUCAUAAAAGACAGUAUUGCUCUUGCUGAAACCAUGCGAGGUUGGGGAGUGAAGAAAGGCGAUGUAGUGGCUAUAAUGAGCCCUAAUUGCACUGAAUUUUGUCUCCCUGUUCUAGCCUCUUUAUAUUUAGGAGCGACACUUGCUCCUUUGAAUCCAACAUAUACACCAAGAGAAUUGCAGCAUGCAAUGUCUAUAUCAAAACCAUCUAUGCUAUUCUGCCAUCCUUUGAUACUUCCAAAAGUACCUCAUGUUUUGGCAGCAGUUAGCUUUGUGAAGAAAGUUGUAGUAUUUGGUGAUAGAAACCAUGAUUAUAUUAAAUUUUCUGACUGUAUUGAUAAUCCAAAAUCCUAUGUAUUCAACUGUGUGCAAGUUGAUCCCAGAAAAGACUUAUCUGCAAUAUUAUGCUCUAGUGGAACUACUGGACUUCCAAAAGGAGUUAUGAUUAAUCACAGAAGUAUUAUUGCAACUAUUGAAAUGAUGCGGGAUCCGGAUAUGGGACAUAUGACUGGAAAUGAUGUGCAUUUAGGAUUGCUUCCCUUAUUUCAUGCCUAUGCAUUCUUCACACAGUUCUGUACUCUAGCUCUUGGUGUGAAGAGUAUAAUACUCCCCAAGUUUGAAGAACAACUUUUCUUGGAAAGCAUUCAAAAUCACAAGGUCACAUUGAUGAUGCUUGUUCCUCCCCUGAUGGUUUUCUUAGCAAAGCAUCCACUGGUAGAUAACUAUGACUUAUCAUCAGUUAGAGCAAUGUGGUGUGGAGCAGCUCCAUUAAGUCCUGAAAUUCAGGAGCAAGUUUCCCAAAGAAUUCAAGUACCAUCAAUUAGACAAGGGUAUGGAAUGACUGAAAUGACCCUAGCUGCAUUAAUUACUCCACCAGAUGAACAUAAAAUAGGAUCGUCUGGAAAACUACUGCACAAUUUGGAAGCAAAGGUUGUAGACUUAGAGACAGGUCAAACACUUGGACCAAAUCAAAAAGGUGAACUCUGCUUUAGGGGUGAAACUAUAAUGUUGGGUUAUUGUGGAGAUGAGCAGUCAACCCAAGCAACUAUUGAUAAAGAUGGAUUUUUGCACAGUGGAGAUAUUGGAUAUUAUGAUGAAGAUGGAUAUUUCUUUAUUAUUGAUCGAAAGAAAGAACUGAUAAAAUAUAAAGGGUUCCAGGUACCACCAGCAGAAUUAGAAGCCAUUUUGUUAACUCACCCAUCAAUAAAAGAUGCUGCUGUCAUUGGAGUUCCAGAUAUUGAAGCAGGAGAACUGCCUCGAGCGUUUGUUGUCAAACAACCAGGAGCAGUUUUAUCAGAGGACCAAGUUAUAGAUUUUGUUGCUUCUCAAGUUUCACCUGCAAAAAGAUUGCAUGGUGGUGUAAAGUUCAUAAGUGAGAUACCUAAAAAUCCUACAGGGAAAAUACUGCGGCGUGUUUUGAGAGAAUCACUGAAAUCUAAUCUUUAAACACAUAAUGUUAACUCAUAAAUUUUGUAGCAAGUACUAUUCAACCACUUCAUUUUAAAAAUUGACACCACUGGAGUGAAUUUGGUAUAAAAAUGAGACAGCCCUGGUUGUGGUUUUCUAAAUGUAUUACUAAGCUUCAGCAUUAACGCUUUACUGCAGCUUUCCAUUGUUUUGAAAUCUUGGUCAUUAGUUUACAUUGCCAGCACAAUUCUUCCACACAAGAUUCUGAUUGUUAUUUUAUACCAACUUAACAGUGUUAGAGAUUGUGAACCUAAAUAUUGAGAAUCUGGUUAUUCACUAUUACCAAAGUGCCUGAAUACUUCAAGUAUUACUUUUUUAUUGUUUGCAGAUAGCAUAUAUGAUUUUCUCAGACAUUGCAUUUAAGUAAUAAUUAUUUUACAUUAUAUUGCAAAGGAAUUUAUAUUCCGAAAUUCAUAACAUAACAUUUGUGUAACAAUACAAUUCAUCUACAUCUUCAAUGAAAAAAUACAGUUCCUUGAAUGUUAAUAAAAAUAUCAGUUUACAGUAUCUUUGAGGUAUUAUAUUUUCUAACUAAAAAUAUUGUAUCUUUUAAACUUGGUCUAGUUUUAAUUUGAAUGUAAUUUAAAUUCUGACAUUCCAGCAGUUAAGAAUUGUUUUUAAAAUACCUGUUGUCCCUUAUACUAAUAUGCUUGCAGGUUUUUUUUUCUAUCUUUUUGUCUUAUCAGCAUAACCUGAGUAAUAUUUAAUGGAUUUCCAAAAUCCAGGCACCAUUGCUGUGAAACAUUUAUGACAAAUACAUAUUAGAUUGUGAGUUAUUAAAUUUAAUAUUGUUUUUUCUUCAUAAAAUUGUAUCACUCAUCAGAAAAAAGCAGUUGUAUGUUACACAAAAUAAACUAUUGUUUUCAAUCCCUAACUGGACAAAGGCCCUAUAACUAAAUACAGCAAUUUGAGUUUGUCCAAUGAUUACUCUUUUAAUUUUUCUGAUAUAUCGUUUCAUCAUGCAAAACAAAUUUCAGAAAUAUCAUGAAAAAGGUUUUAUGCAAGUUGUAUUCAUACGUACAAUACUUUUUAAUCGUUCAAUGCACCAUUUUGUAAAUUCAGGUAAUUGCAAUUAGUCAUAUUUUAGAAUUUAUUAUAACCUGUUUAUGUUAUUAAAAUUGAUGGCAAUGC